AUGGAGUCAAUCAAAUCAUAUGCCAGAUCUGAUUUUACAAAGAACAGAAAUUCUUUUCUUUCAUCAUGUUCAUUUCCUGGGUUUUCUCAUAAUUUCGCACAUCCAUCUCAAAAGAAAGUUUCUUCGGUAUAUACGGGUAGUGAAGCAAGAUAUACUUCAGAACGAGAGCAUGCAAACAGAUCGCAAAGAGGUGGACAAAUUUCAACUUUUAACACAAGCACGAUCGAGUAUAGCUCAUCAGCUCAAGAAGCACCAGUGCCUCUAUUUGAUCCGCUUAUGCUGAUGGAUCGCAAAGCAGAGCCAAGAACCUAUAAUCUUAUCAUACGACAAUCACCUAUUCACGGUCAAGAUCCAUUACCGAUCGUUCAACUGGAUGUUCGUGAUAAAAAUGGAAAGCGUGAUGUAAUAGGACAAUCAAGUCCAUUAUUUCUGAUGCAAGUGAAUCUGAUCGCAGAACAGAUCGAAAAGGGAGGAGGGGGAAUUGGUAAAAGAAAAAGGGUCUCUGAACUUAAUGAAAAUGGACGUGUAAGUCAGAGGUCGAAAGAAGUUCGUCAAGACCUUUGCUCUACAUCAAACAACAGCGCAAAUAUCAAUCGAGUAGGUUUACUUGGUUCAGCCUCGGUCUUUGAUUCGACAAGAGGGACAGCAACAACCAAAAGGGAUCAGAAAUCCAAUUUAGGUUCACACUCUCUACCCAAAUUACGCGAAACGUCCUUUUCAGCUUUACGUUUAUUAGAAGGCAAGUUGAUCGCAUCUCCUUAUAUUUUGAAAGAUUGCGAAGGUAUUCCAGAUAUCCUAGAUACCCAAGGGAGAAAUCGGUUCGAUUCGCAAAAGAGACACAAAGGAGAAAACAAUCUUAAAAGGAGACAUUCGAAACCAGUAUGUUCUUCAGCAAUCGCCAAAGAAGCAGCGGACGAGGUACAAGAAGAUCAAAAAGCAUAUUUUUUCAUCUUCGCAGAUCUAAGUAUUCGUUUACGCGGAACAUUUCGGCUAGAGUUCUCAUUAAUCAAAUUAGGACCACGCUUUUCUUCGACUUCAGCCCGCAAAGCAGCAGUAGGGGGCGAAAUUGUUGCAAAAACGAUCUCCGAACCAUUUCAAAUGCAUCAUGCAAAAGAUUUUGCCGGAAUGACAAAAUCAACACCUCUUGCAAAAUCACUAGCAGGUCAAGGCACUCACAUUCCUAUAAGAAUGGAUUGA